CUCACAGAGAUCGAGCUCAGUCUCUAGCACAGUUUGUACAUCAGAUUUAUCAGAAACAUUAUCAUCAAUGAGUUUCAUCUCUUCUGUGUUUUAGCCUGAGAUUGUAAUAUAAAGACAUUUGGACUGUUGAAGUGACACAAAAUAAGUCCGUGUGAGCUGCUGAUUAAAACGCUAUCUGAGGUUUGAAACCACAGUGCUACUUAAACUAUUUCACUAUCCUGUGUAGUGUAAUAACAGGGUUUAUAAAUGUAAAAGUAGAAUAUCUCCUUCUAUGACAUCACAUCACUGAAUCUGGAUUUAAUCUCCCUCCUCAGUUCUUUAAACACUUUAAGUUCAGUGCAGCUGAAAGUGCUGAUGUAGUGCUGCAUCAUUUCCCAUCACGACUAUUUGUAGACUACAUACAGACUUUUUUACUGAGACUUUGCAUCUCAUUACAGCUACUGGACCAAUCAAAUCAGUCCAAAGCUUCAAAACAUCCAAUCAGGGGAGACUCUGAACCUGGUUUUCUACUGAACUCACAAGUUCAUUACCUCACUAUCACUUUGUCUGAACAGGAACGAUGAUCACACUCUUUGUCGCUCUUUCUCUCGUCAUAACUGUGAAAACUUCUGAUGUCAAGGAUCUUCAAGUUCAAAAAGUCAAGCAUGGGGGAGAUGUAAACAUAAAAUGUGAAAACUUUUACACUGAAGUUAAUUUUGUUUGGUUCAAACAGAGUUUUGGAAAAUUUCCUCAGGAAGUGGUGAAACAGGUGGAUAAAAGGAACAGAUACGGUGCAGAAUUUAAUGAUGGACGCUUCAGUAUUAGUGAAGAUAAAAAACCGUUUAAUCUCAACAUUAAUGAAAUAAAAGAAGAGGAUUCAGGAACAUAUUUCUGUGCAGAACUGCAGGCAUCUUCACUACGCUUUGCACCUGCAACCGUUUUGGUUGUUGAAGCUGAGGAGAUGAAACAACAUCCUCCGACUGUCACGGUGAUGGAGAACGGAGAGUCGCUCACACUCCAGUGUUCAGUACAAGCGUUUACUUCAAGCUGUAAAGGACAGAGUGUGUACUGGUUCAGACACGGCUCAGGAGAAUCUCAUCCAGGAAUCAUUUACACUCAUGGAGACGGCAGUGAUGAGUGUAAGAAGAGCUCUGAGGCUGGUUCUCCUACGCAGAGCUGUGUCUACACUCUCCCCAAGAGGAACCUCACAACCUCUGAUAAUGGAACGUUCUACUGUGCUGUGGCUGCGUGUGGACAAAUCCUCUUUGGGAAUGGAACUGAAGUGGAAGUAAAAGGUUCCAGUUACAAUACUGAUCAGAUGGAUUUGUUGUUCUGGCUCUCCGUUUUUAGAGUUGGAGUUCUUGCCUUCAUACUUAUUAUCUUUACAAUGUAUUACAAUGUUUUAAAAUUAAGAUCAAUUUAGAACUUAAUAUUUCAAGACAAAUCUAAUAAAUGCGUUACAUAAAGGGAAAAAAUGUUAGUUUCAACUUUUGCUAAUUGCUUUGUUUUUCUACCUAGAUGUAUUUUAUUUGGU